AUGGAAGAUGCAAAAUUGAUUGACAAUCCAAUGCCUACAAACAGUAACUUGGAAAGGAAUGAAAAUGGUAAGGAUGUUGAUCUGAAUAAGUAUAGAGGUAUGAUUGGUUAUCUUCUAUAUCUCACUGCACCUAAGUCGGAUAUUAUGUUUAGCGUCUGUAUGUGUGGCCAUUAUCAAUCGACUCCUAAAGAAUCACAUUUAGAAGCCAUUAAACGCAUUCGUAGGUAUCUUCAUGGUACUUCUAAGUGUGGGAUUUGGUAUUCUAAUGGAAGUGAUUAUAAUUUGGUUGGUUAUACCGAUUUCGAUUUCUCCGGUUUCAAAUCGGAUAGGAAGAGGACUGGUGGAACUUGUCACAUAUUUUCAAAUUUCUUAGUUAGUUGGCAUAACAAAAAAUAG